AUAAGGGGCCGCUUGGCGCGCAACGACCCCGAGCUGCAGCUUUGAAGGCUGAGCAACUGAACUCCGCAGCCCUAACCUAACUCGGUUUAACUCAGCCUCAACGAACCCGAUCCGGGACUCUCCACUCCCUGGGUUUGCACCUGCUCGCUGAUCCUAGCACCCUCGCUAUUCCAGCUAGAAUGCUGUGGCAGGCACUUCGCAGAUUUGGUCAAAAGCUGGUACGCAGACGAACACUGGAGCCAGGCAUGGCUGAAACUCGCCUUGCCAGAUGCCUGAGCACUCUGGAUCUCGUCGCCUUGGGUGUGGGCAGCACAUUGGGCGCAGGCGUGUAUGUCCUGGCUGGCGAGGUGGCCAAAGACAAAGCAGGACCAUCCAUUGUAAUCUGCUUUUUGGUAGCUGCGCUGUCUUCUGUGCUGGCUGGGCUGUGCUAUGCAGAGUUUGGUGCCCGGGUUCCUCGUUCUGGUUCUGCUUAUCUCUACAGUUAUGUCACUGUGGGUGAACUCUGGGCCUUUACCACUGGCUGGAACCUCAUCCUUUCCUACAUCAUAGGUACAGCCAGUGUGGCCAGGGCCUGGAGCUCAGCUUUUGACAACCUGAUUGGGAACCACAUCUCCCAGGCCCUGCAGGGGAGCAUCUCACUGCAUGUGCCCCAGGUCCUCGCGGAAUAUCCAGACUUCUUUGCCUUGGGCCUUGUGCUAUUGCUCACUGGAUUGCUGGCUCUGGGGGCUAGUGAGUCGGCUUUGGUUACCAAAGUGUUUACAGUGAUGAACCUUUUGGUUCUCGGUUUUGUCAUUGUUUCUGGCUUCAUCAAGGGGAAUCUGCAGAACUGGAAGCUCACCAAAGAGAACUACAAAAGUGCUGGAGAAAGAGUCAAUGGCACUUACAGCUUGGGCCCUCUGGGUUCUGGAGGAUUCAUGCCUUUUGGCUUCGAGGGGAUUCUCCGUGGAGCAGCCACUUGUUUUUAUGCAUUUGUUGGUUUCGACUGUAUUGCUACCACUGGGGAAGAGGCCCAGAAUCCUCAGCGUUCCAUUCCCAUGGGCAUUGUGAUUUCACUGUUCGUCUGCUUUUUGGCAUAUUUUGGUGUCUCUUCAGCACUCACGCUCAUGAUGCCUUACUACCAGCUUCAACCCGAAAGCCCCUUGCCUGAGGCGUUUCUCUAUAUUGGAUGGGCACCUGCCCGCUACAUAGUGGCUAUUGGGUCCCUCUGUGCUCUUUCUACCAGCCUCUUGGGCUCUAUGUUCCCUAUGCCUCGGGUGAUCUAUGCAAUGGCAGAAGAUGGCCUCCUGUUCCGUGUCCUUGCCCGAAUCCAUCCCGGCACACACACACCCGUUGUGGCCACUGUGACCUCUGGCAUCAUUGCAGCAUUCAUGGCAUUCCUCUUUGAACUAUCUGAUCUUGUGGACCUCAUGUCAAUUGGGACCCUGCUUGCUUACUCGCUGGUGGCUAUUUGCGUUCUCAUACUCAGGUAUCAGCCUGACCAGGAGAUGAAGAAUGGAGAAGAUGAAGUUGAGUUGCAGGAGGAGAAAAUACCUGGAGCAGAGAAGCUGACCCUACAGGGACUGUUUUGUCCACUCAACUCCAUCCCUACUCCACUCUCUGGCCAAGUUGUCUAUGUUUGCUCCUCACUGCUUGCACUACUGCUUACUGUUCUUGGCUUGGUGCUGGCCCAGUGGCCAAUUCCGCUGCUUUCUGGAGACCCGGUAUGGAUUUCAGUGGUUGUGCUACUCCUAAUGCUCAUUACCGGGAUCACUGGGGUCAUCUGGAGACAGCCACAGAGCUCUACUCCCCUUCAUUUUAAGGUACCUGCUUUGCCACUCCUCCCACUACUGAGCCUUUUCGUGAAUGUUUACCUUAUGAUGCAGAUGACAGCUGGCACCUGGGCCAGAUUUGGGGUCUGGAUGCUGAUUGGGUUUGCUAUCUACUUUGGCUAUGGGAUCCAGCAUAGCCUGGAAGAGGUUAGGAGUGACCAUCCCCCACUCAAGUCAAGAGCCCAAACUGUAGACCUUGAACUAUAGUUCCUGAACACACUUGAUUUGACAUCACUAUACCUGAAUGCUGUUUGGACCUCCCUGCACAAUAAUGGAGAAUAUUCCUGAUCCCACCAAGAGUUACCUCUGAUGGUAUGUUGGUAGGAGAACACUAGUAGAGCUCUGUAUUUAUUGUGGAGUGAAGGAUGUGUUUUUGCUGUUUCUAAUCUACCUUUUCUUUUUUUACUCUUUCUAAUUGUGUGUACAACUGCCUACUGACUUUUCAAAAAUUAUU